AUGGCAAUGGACGAAGUCGACCGCGAACUCGCGGCCGCCGAGCGCGCCGCGUCCCCCGAGCGCUACCACGGCCGCGAGAGCCACGAGAUCGAGCGCGUGCUCUCCGGCUCCUCGACCUCGUCCUCGUCGUCCUCCGUCUCCCGCGCGCCCCGUCCGAUCGCCCGCACCGGCACCGGCAUCAGCCGCGUCUCGACCCAGAACGACCUCGAAAGACACCCCACCGCCCUGAGCCGCAUCGCGACCGCCCGCAGCCAGCACUCCAACACCGUCGGCCGCAGCAUCAAGAGCAGGCAGGACACCAAGCCGCUCCCGCCCAUGGGCGCCGGGAAGCCGUACCCGCCGCCCAUGUCGGACCGGGAGGAUUACGUCGUCGAGUUUGACGGACCUCUCGAUCCCCUCCACGCUCAAAAUUGGCCGAUAAAGAAGAAGUUGCUCACUGCCGCUAUGCUUGGCUUUACGACUCUUACCUCAGCUUUCACGUCGAGUAUCUUCUCAGCAGCGACGCAAGUCAUUGCAACGGAAUAUAACGUCUCUACCACGGUUGGCACACUUGGUGUUUCUUUCUACGUUCUUGGAUUUGUAAGUCUCGCCCUCGUCCUCAGCCUACACAUCCUCGUCACCAUCAUCGUCCUCAUCUUCGUCGUCGAGGUAUUCCUCAGAAUCUUUGUGUUCUACCUGAUCUGA